UAUUCGCGUAGCUUUUACAACGUUUGUUAAAGUUGAUUGGUAAUCGUUGGAAGUUGUAAAACGUUUCCCAGCACUCCAGAGUGAUGUCCUCCAGGAAGUCAAGUUUCAGUGGGGAAGGCUUGCCUCCAAACAGAUGUGGAGAGCGUACCCCUCUGAGAAGUGUGCAGAAUGAAAUGCUGCAUCUGUCAACUCCAUCAUCGAGGUUCAAAUCCAAAUCACUGCUCAGUGCUGAUGUUGUGAAACCGACAAAGAGCGAUGUUCCUCUCUGUGACCCUGAGGCCCACUUACAAUCUCCUCCAUCCACCAAAGUGAAUCAAAUCAAUGCUUCCACUAUUGAUACAACUACCGAGACAGCCGGUGGACUUGGAGAUGUAACGUUUAAGUCCUUCAUCUGUCCCGGUGGGGAGGUUGAGGUUGCAGGCUUCUUGGUGUGUGCAGAAGAGAGUAUUGUUUUGCCCAAGGAUCAGGCUGUGAAAAACAUGCAUGAAACGGAAGACACAGUCAUCUCUGACAGUUUAAUAGUUCAGUCCUGCAGUGACCACACUGAACACCCCUAUUACAAUCCUGAGAUGAAAGAUGCCUCCUUGGUUGACUGUCUCUGUGAAGGUUCAAACACUGCACUGGCCUCUGGAGACUUGGAUGAUAGACGAGUCACACAAGAUCUCAGAGCUUUUCCAAAUGACUACUGUGGAAAGAAAGACAUAACUUGGAAAUCCUUUGUUUGCGAUGGCGGUGAGGUGGAAGUUUCUGAUGUCACCAGACUACAAGAUGAGACCAUUCCUCUGCCCAAGGCACAGCUGGUUGAACCUUUACGAGACAACAGUGUAAAUUUAACAAAUUUCUCUGACUGUGGCCAGCUAAGUCAAGCGGAACAUGCAGAUCAUCCCUACUGUAGCAGUGAAAAUGCUGUUUGUGCCAUCACCACUUUCUCUGAGACUACAAAUGGCUCUGAAAAGCCUGCUGAUGGACUGAGUGAGGUGACCUUCAAAUCAUUUAACUGCGCUGGAGGUGUGAUUGAAAUUUCCGAUGGCACCAAACUUGCAGAUGAGACUGUUCCUCUACCAGCCAAUCAAACUGCGACCUGCGCUGAGUCGCACAACUAUGGUAUUGAUCCAAGCAUGUUGGCUAGUGACCAAGACUGGCAAAACUGUAGUGAUCAUUUUGAUCACCAUUACUGUAAAAUUGAAAAUGACCCAUUGAGGGAACCAUUACCAUUCAGCCUUGAUGUUGUGGAGGAGGUCAAACAGAUAAGCUUGGUGGCACCUGAUAGCCAGACUGGCAGACAAGAGGGCAUCACGUUCAGCUCUUUCAGCAGUGCCAGAAGUGAUGCUGAUAUAUCUGAUGGCUUGUCUCAGAAGACGUCACCUCUGCCUGACAAACAGGUCGUGAUCUGCCAGCCCCUCGAUGACAACAGUGUACCUACUUCUGUUACGCGGCAACACAUUCAAGAUGACUAUGAACAACCUAAGAGCCAUGUGGAAAACAAAGCAGUUGUGGUAGAUGCUGACCCACCAGCUAUCUGUACAUCUUCACCGACUAACACAUCUUUGAAGGCAUUGGAUGAUAAAUCUGUUAACUGUCAAAUGCAAGAAAUGUCCAAAAAGGACUCCAUGCAUCCUAAGGACGGUGCAUUGCUUUCAAUGCUUCAUAGAACAGAGUCUUCUGACUGCUGCCAUCUUCUGACUUCGGCAGAGACUCCGACACCUGUCGAAGUGCAUGUGGAACAUGUAUCUCAAGUGCAAAUCAGCAAUGGACCCCAUGAAUCCAGUGAGGCAAAAGACAGCGCUCUGGGUUCAUCUGGAGAUGGACCUGUUCUUUGCAACUCUGCAGAAAAAACUCAGACAAAAAACCUCCCUGAUGUUUUGAAAGUGCUGUCAGAGUUUCCCUCAGUAACAUCAGCUUUUCAGUUUGGGAUCCUCAGUCCUGUUGUUCGUAGAGCCUCUCUCGCUGCAUUAAAGGUGUUUAGGGGUCCUGCUUUGGACAAUUUUGCUCUGGAGGGGGAAAAGAGCGUGUUUGCUCCUUUUAACGACGACCCCGCUGGCUUAUGGGCAGAGCACAUGGAGAGCCCCAUGCCACGACCUCGGUUUAACUCUACAGCAAUAGGUUGGAAGCCUCAGUCAGACCCAGUCACUGAGCCAGUUGGGGAUGUGGUGGCAAAGCCUUGUGCGGUGCCUCAGCCUGAAGUGGAGAAGCCGGCUGUGGACAUACCUUUGAUUCCAGAUGGACCCCUACAGCAGCAGCUUCGGCAGAUGGCAGAGUUUCUUUUCUUGGCAUCGGGAAAUAUGGUUCCUGCUGCCGUCAUGGUCCCAUCGGCAAAAGCCACUUCUGCAGAAUCCCACAGUGUCUGUGUGGGCACCACUCCUGUUAAAUGGUUGGACCGCAGCGUCAAUACAUCCGGCCAAUUUGAGAGAAAGAGGAAUAUCUCUGUGGUGGAUUCCUGCACGCUAACAGACCCUCUCCUGUGGAACCUACCUCCAGGCAGCCUAGAGUGUCUCCCCAGACCAGAGCUGGAGCGGAGGUUAAGGUCUAGCAUGAUCCUGGUGGAGGCUCUUGUGCAGCAAUUGGCUGCAUCCAGGGCCAAUGAAAGUCCUUCUGCAGGCCCUGCACCUUCAGACCUCAGGGAGAAACUAGUGCAGACAGACCACUCUGAACUCAGUCAGACCACCAUGUACAGACACCUAUAUUUGGAGGCUCUGAGCAGGAUUGGUGAGUUGGAGUUGGAUGGAAGUUCUCUACAGAACCUCAUCCAGCGUAUGCGGGACAUGCAGGUCACCAUGACUUCUUUGAGUGAUGACACGGAUGCUGCUCUCUCUGACAUGAGGCGAUUAGGAGACGUUGUCAGAGGGGACCAUCAAAGCCUCGUUGCACAUUACAGUCAGAUGAAGUCUGUAUUGGAGAAAACAAAGGACACCCAGACAGCAUUGAUGCAGAAGGGAAAAGAUGCUUUUCACCAAAGAGAUGACAUGAGGAUGCAGAUGGAGGACGCCUUCACAGCCAAGGAGGCGGCCUUCAGUGCGAUGGAACAGCUGAGGACACACUGUGCCACCGAAAUCUCUGCGCUAGAGAGGAUUGUGGGGUCUCAACAAGAACUGUCAGCUGCGCUACACCAGACCUACCCAGAACAGGUCGCAUUAAACCGGGCCCACACUGAGAUGCUGAACUCUGCUUCUGAUGUUUUGUCCACAACCAUGGAUGAACAAUCUGCUUUGAUGAAAGAACUCUGCAGAGUCCGAGCCCUUCUCCAGAAAACGUCUCCCAUGCUUCUGAAGCUGAACGAGAAGGCAGCUGCUGCUCUGAGAGAGAGGGACGAACAUCUUGCUGCAAGAGACCAAGCUGUUGAAGAGCGAGAGCAGAUUGAAGAGGAAUUUCAACAAGCUAAUAUGAAUCUCCAAACUGCCACGGAAGAGAUUCGUGAUUUAAAUCUGCAGGUGACGAUCCUGACCUCAGAAAUGGGUGUUCUUCGUCAGAAGCUGAUGGAAAGAGAGGAAGAGCAGGGUCUGCUGGAGAGGAAGGCGACGGAGCUGUCUGCCACAGUUUCCUCAACUUUGGCCUCCUACACCUUCCUGGAGAAGGCCCUUGCUGCUGAGACUACAAAGUUGCAGCAGUCAUGGAAGGACAUCCAGCUAGCCAAGGACAGAGCAAAUGAGCUGGAGAUGUCACUGGGUCAGUCGGAGCAGCGUGCGUCUGAGUUCAGUCAGGCUCUGGCUCAAAGCGAGGAGCAGCUCGAUCAGCUGCGGGUCCUCUCACAGUCCCAGGAGAUGCAGAUCCAGCAGCUCCAGGAAGUUUGCACACAGCUCAGUGGUGUGCGCGAGAUGAACGAGUUCUUACAGAUGGAGAAUGAGUUUGCGAGGGAGCAGAUGGCGGAGAGUGAGCGUAUGCUGAGGGCCAACCUGCAGGGCCUCAGAGAGAGGAACAUCCAGUGUGAGGACCUAAAAGGAGAACGUAGCCAACUUCAGUUUGAGAAUAGGAGUUUGCAGGAGGAGUUGGAAACUACGAGGUCCAGAGCCGAUGCCACGCAGCUGGAGCUUGGACAGAAACUGUCUCAGGCGGUCACUGAAAUUACUUUGUUGCAUCACACACUGCGAGGACUGACCAAUGAACUACAUACAGCUCUCAAUGACCAGAAACCAGAACCACAGAAGGAGUCUCAACUACUCCCCAAUGUGGAACGUCGUUACCCCUCCAGCUCCUUUGUCGACAGCAUCAUGGUUGCAUUAACUGCUGAGAAGGAGGAAGACGUCACAACAGACGCACCUCCUGGAUCAGACUCGCCCGGGCCACAGUGUGGAGCUUUGUUCAGUGAGACGAGCGCCUUCACACGAGCAGCCGUCACCCCGAAAAAUAAUUUGAACCCGGUGGAGUUUGAGCCCGAGGACGAGCAGAGCAGCGUGGCCGAGCUGUUCGCUGACCUGGGCAGCACUGUCUCGGAGCUCGUCGGCACCCUGAAGCUGCUGCAACAGCGUAAAGAUGCCCAGCUGGAGGAGCGGCACAACACCAUCUCUGGCCUGCAGGUGGAGCAGCAGGCUGCAAACAGCAGACACGAUGCCGAGGUGUUUGAGCUGAAGCGUCAACUCAGUGGUCUGAACCGCCUGUUAGAGAGAGGAAAUCAGGCGCUGCAGCAGAAAGCUCAGGAUGAGAAAACUGUGACAAAGCUGAUGGCGGAAAUACAAGAGACCCAGGAAUAUCUAAAUAAACACAAGAUUGACAGCAACGAAUUGCGGAAGGAGGUGGUUGAGCUUCGUCGGUCUGUCCAUCAGUCGAAGGUGGAGUCUCAAUUUCUGCGUGAGGAGUUGAGAAAAGCUGGUACCCAAUCAGCUAACCCAGCACAUUUCAUGGAAGAGAAGAUCCAGUCAUUGAGAGAGGUAGAAAAACUGAAGUUGAGUCUUCAAGAGCUGGAGCAGGCCAGAGUUAAACUCCUUGAAAGAGCAAAAAGACAUCAAAUCAUCCACCAGACCAACCAGCAGAAAAGUGAGAAUGAGCUUCAGAUGUUAAACAAACUCCUCAAUAAAGUCAGAGAGACUCUGCUGUCUUUGCCGGUGGUGGUGAAGAAUUGUGAAAAACUCCAACAGCUUGUUGAAUACAUCGGCUGACAUGUUUUUGUUAUUGUCACCCGUGUUCAUUGUAUUUAUGUCCGUAUUGUUUUACCUUGUCCUCGCUAUGAGUGUUUCUAUUUUUAGUAUGAUUUAAAUAAAAGAAAAUGAUCUUA